CAUGUACAUUUUCAAUUUUUAUUUUUACUUCCACAAAGGAUUCAGUGAAACUGGAUAUUGGGAAUCAUAAGAAAAUGACACCAUUGCUGGAAGCCGUCUCCAGGGCCCACCUCGGAAUAAUCCAUAAACUUAUUAUACAUGGUGCAAACAUGAAUGCCGACGACAAUGAUGGCAAUAAUUGUUUGCACCUCUCCAUAAUAAAGAAAGAGAUGUUCCAUUCUGAGGUGGAAACCAUUCCCAUUUUAGAUGAGUGCUGCAAAGAGCUCCAACUGGACAUGGAUAGGAGGCUCUCUGGAAUAGUAGUUGGGAGUUAUCUUGCCAGCCAAGGAGCCAGCUUAUACCAUCGCAAUAAGAAGAAGAAAGUGACUCCAUUGGACUACAUAAAAAAUCAACAUUUGAAAGAAAAAUUACAAACAUUUUUACAAUCAGGUGUGGCUGUGUGGUAAGUAGCUUGCUAACCAGCCACAUGGUUCCGGGUUCAGUCCUACUG